AUGAGAGUUCUGAUUGUCGCCGCCGUCCUCGCCUGCGCCGCAGCCGCACCCUCCGGUCUGCUGGCAGCACCCUAUGGUCAUGGCCUCGCCGGUCAUGGCGGUCUUGCUCUGGCCCACGGUGCUUCUUUGGCUGUAGGUCAUGCCGCCAUUGCCCACGCUGGUCCCGCUCUCCCCACCAUCUCCCCUGGUGACAUCGCUGGUGCCGCCAUCGAUGCCCAUGUUGAGGCCCACGACCACGUACGUGCUUCCGUUGACGCUGCCCGUGAGCUCCAAGGCCGCGCUGUGAAUGCCGCCGAAGACCACUCUUGGCAAGCGAUCGAUGCCGUCAAGACCCAAGAAGCUCAGCUUGAUGGUGCCGCCGCCGGUGUUGCCCCCGUGCUCGCUAAGCAAAUCGCUGGUCACGCUAACCUCGUAGCCCCUGUUGCCUACGGCGCUCAUGGCUUGGCUGCCGGUUACGGUGCCCAUGGUCUAGCCGCUGGUUACGGUGCUCAUGGUCUAGCCGCUGGUUACGGUGCCCACGGUGUAGUAUCUGGCCACGCCAUCGCCUCCAGCAAGACCGUUGUUAGCCAGUCCCUUCAACAAUCCCAUCCCGCCCCCGUAAUCCAUGCUCCCGUAGCCAUCGCCCACUCCGCUCCCUACGCCGUUGCCCAUGGCGCUCCCUUAGCCAUUGCGCAUGGCGCUCAUGGCUAUGGACUCGCUGGACACGGAUGGUAA